UCUGAGCCACCCAUGACCCAAUCUCUGGAGUUGAAGAAGCGACCCAAACCCUGACCAGCUUGAACCCAAAAAACUCUCCUCCCUUGUUUAGCCUUCACCCCCUUAUCCUCUCUCUCUCUCUCUCUCUCUCUCUCUCUCUUCAAGAUGACUUCUGCAACCGGACCUCUCAUCAAGUCCCUGUUCAUCCCCAAGUGCUCCAUCACUGCUGUACCAACACUCUUCGCCACCAAACCUUCACACCCAUUCCUCUCAAAGCCUACCAAGUUCGCAUCUCUUUCUGGUCCAUUCCCUUCAUGGGUAUCCCUCAAAAACAAGAUUUCACCGUCAUCCGGCGGCGUUUCGCUCGUUGCACAGACCUCCGAUUGGGCCCAGGAAGAGGAGAAAGAAGAAAAAGAAGAGAACCCAGUUGAGGGGUUUAAGUGGGGAGGUGAAGAGGAGAGUGGAGAGGGAAGUGGAGGUGUGGAGGAGAGUGAAGAGUCUUACUCUGAGCCACCUGAAGAAGCUAAGGUUUUUGUUGGUGGCUUACCCUUUGAGAUUGACAGUGAGAAGUUGGCUCAGCUUUUUGACCAGGCUGGCGUUGUUGAGAUUGCGGAGGUGAUUUACAAUAGGGAAACGGAUAUGAGUCGGGGUUUUGGUUUCGUGACAAUGAGUACUGUUGAAGAAGCUGAGAAGGCUGUUGAGAUGUUCAACCAAUAUGAACUAAACGGAAGGACUUUGACUGUAAACAAGGCUGCUCCAAGAGGGUCACGUCCAGAAAGACUUCCUAGAUCGUCUGAACCCGUUUUCAGAAUUUACGUUGGUAACCUCCCAUGGCAAGUGGAUGGUUCUCGCCUGGAGCAGGUCUUCAGCGAACAUGGUAAGGUGGUCGAUGCCAGGGUAGUUUCUGACCGGGAAACAGGACGUUCGCGCGGAUUUGGCUUUGUAACCAUGUCCAGUGAGAUAGAGGUGAAUGAUGCGAUUGCGGCUCUUGAUGGACAGAGUUUGGACGGGAGGUCGAUUAGGGUAAAUCUUGCUGAGGAUCGCCGUAGGCGUUCGUUUUCGAUUUGAGAUGGUGAACAUGUGCUUUCAAGUCUAGUAUAAUCAGUACCGCAGAGAAACUUUGCUGCUGUUCUUAUCUCUUGUCCUUUUACUUAUGCUCUCUCUCUCUCUCUCUCUCUCUCUCUCUCUCUCUCUCUCUGUUUUCCUUAUGUAGCUUUUUUCUCUAAUGGUGACAUCUUGAUUGUUUGGGCAAGAAAAUUGGCACUCUGUUAUAAGUAGCUGAGAGUUUCUCAAGAAGUUUAUAAUUUCUCAAGAAGCUGAGAAUUCCUGUGGCU